AUGGCUUUUGAAAUUAAAAAUUCUGGCAAGCCAAGACAAGUGAGGGGAACUUCUGCAUACAAAUAUCGAAAUUUGUUUGCACUUGGUAUAUUAGCUGCCAGUGGAUUUACUUGGUUUUUGUAUGAGUGAGUUUUUUUACAUGUACCUAAAUUUAUUACCUAAUAUUUGAUUAAUUUUUAAAUUGAAAAUGUAUAUUUUGUAGGUAGGUACCUACUUAUUUCAUUAUAAGAUAUAGCAUACAAUGUAUAAUACAUUUUGUUUAGGAUAUUGGCUUUUUAAUCCUAAAUUCGAAACCUAUAAUUCUAAUAAAUCUUAUUUUGUUAUAUUUUUUUAAUAAAAAAUAAAUAUUUAAUUACAGUAUCUACUUCAAAGUUUUAAAUAUUUAGUAUUUCAAUUUUGAAAAAAAAUAAAUAUAUCUAUUAUUGCUAUUAUUAUAUAAUACUGAAUUCUGUUGGAAUUUAGCUGCUGAUUUCAGAUUUGUAAGAUUUACUCUUGUUUUUGAGAUAAUCAAUUAUUUGUAAAAAAAAAUCAAAAAAUACAUAGUUGAAUAAUAAUAAAAAAACUUUUAAUUCUUCUUCCCCUUGAAAUAUGAAUUUUUUGUGUUAUUAAAAGAUUGUGCAAAAUUUGAUAACUAUUUAUCAAUUUAAACCUGUUCUCUUUUUCCUCUAAAAUUGAGUGAUAGUUAUUUAUUAAAAAUCUAAGCUUAACUUAUAGCUUUUUUUAGAAUUUACAACCGUUAAAAGCCAAUUGUAUAAUAAUUUUUAAAAAUUGUUUGUUGUGUUUGCUGCGUUAUUAAGAAAUGACAUAAUCACUAUCAACAGAAAAAUGUGAAACUCUUUAAAAUUAGUUAAUAAUACUUAUUUAUGAAUAAUUUUCUACCAUAGUUUAUUUGUAUUAUCAAAUAUGCUUACUUAUUACAUUUUCCCUAAUCAAUCUUACAUAUUAUAAAUAUAUAUUUUUAUAAUAUACAUUUGCGUUAUGACCGUAACGAGGAACAAGCAUAAAUGUAUUAUCAGAAUAUAAAGACUACAAAAGAAAGAUACUAAGGAUGAUAUGAUAAUUAUAUGAUCGCAGUCUAUUGCUGGUAUUUACAAAAGGAUUGUCUAGACCAAACAUAUAGCAGAAAAUCAUAUAGGAAAAGUUUUUUGUAAUAAAUGUUUAAAAAAAAUGUAGUAUUUAUUGCUAAUAUAUAUGAGUUUCAAAUAUUUUUUUUAUUAACAGUGAGUAUGUCAGUUCGUUCUUAAUAAUGUAACAUACACAUCAAUGACAUUUAAAUUUUUUUUUUUCAUAAAAUUGGCUUUUUAAUAGUUGUUAAUUUCAUAAUUGUGAAUUAAACUAAAAACAAGCUACAGUGAAAAAUUAAGCUUAGCUUUUUUAAACAAAACUACCUAACACAAUUUUAGAGGCCCUGGAAAACAGUUUCAAUUUAAUAAAAAAGUCCCAAAUUUUGCCUUUGUUCAGUGAAAUCAUUCAUUUUUAUUUUAUAGACAGUUACCAGCUACAAAAAGAUUAACAGAAAAAAUUUACAGUGGUUAUUGGGAUCGAACACCUGAAGAAAAAUACAGAAUAGAAAUGAUAAAACGUAAUUUGAAUCCUGAUACCAAAGAUUUAAUGUUGAAAAGAGCUGAAAUUUUGUCGCAAAAUCCAGAUCCUAUUAAGAGAAUAGAAAUAUAA